AGACCACCAUUCAUUGAUAGUCGUGACAAAUUGAAACUAUCGAUAGUGCCAUCGAUAGUUUUGCAGCUCUGUCACAUAGUACAAAAAAAAAAAAAAAUGGAUUUAGGUGCUGAAUGUAAAUCAUCUCCUCCUGCUUCGUUUAAAUGCUUAUCUGAAAACAAAGCAGGCCGUUUCAUUUGCGAUACUUGUUGCAAGAGAUUUAAAAAACCAUGCCUCUUACAUCGCCAUGAAGUUGUUCAUUCAUCAGAAAAGCCCUACUCCUGCUCCAAAUGCAGUAAACGGUUUACACAGAGUUCCUCAUUGCAACGACAUCGGGCGGAACAGCACAAGCCUGACAGGAAACGUUACCAAUGUGGGAAAUGCCCCCUGAGCUUUGGACAAAAAGGCAAUUUGAAUAUUCAUGGGAAAAAGGUACACCCGACGAAAGCUAUUGGUACGCACGUCUGCGAUCUGUGUGAAUCUGUAUACAGCAACAAACAAAAACUUAGUAGGCACAUAAAUACAGUACACAGCAAUAGCAGUAAACAUAAAAGUGCUAUUGGGAAAUCAAAUGAUAUUGUGCAAGAUGAUUUAGCGCUAACGCAAAGAGUUUUAGAGCAGCUUAAAACAUUUCAAAGGGAAAUGCAAGCCUUAGAAUCUCAGUCCAUGGAAACCACGGACAAUUUAGAAAGGCCAAUAAUAACCGUGUUAAACAGUGCUCACCAAACGAAUAAAGGAACACUGCAACAUCAACAUCAUGACUCUGUAUCCUCAGUCAAUGAAGAGCAAGAAUCAGAGUCCUGCACAUCUGUGCGGCGCUUUCCUCGUGCGGUUGGCUGCUCGCAAUACGAGUGUGAGUUUUGCACGAAGAAUUUCCGAAAGUACUACGACUACGUAAGACAUCACAGGGUGCAUACACGGGAGAAGCCUUACAAGUGUGCAUUUUGUCAACGAUACUUCAGCACCAAAACGAAAGUGCUAGAUCAUUCAAAGAUACAUCGUUUAGAUGAGCAUGUAGGCAUCAUAACCAAACAAUAUCCCUGUGCAGUUUGUUGCCAAACUUUUAGUUCGCUAAGAUUGCUUGAUAAUCAUAUGAGCACACAUGCUGAGUCUUAUAUUGUAAAAUAUAAAUGCAUGGCCUGUGAGGCUAUAUUUAAUUCAAGCAGCAAGCUUAUGUCUCAUAAACACCUGAGAUCGGAUGAGGAAGUACUAUUUUUGCAGCAACUAAUACCACCGCCAGUAGAAGUACUCGUAAACCCAAAUGCCAAUUUACGCAUACCCGUGAGCGAAUGCAUGAAUGCUCCACAUGCGGUAAGUCUUUCAGCUUGA